AUGAUCACUCCGAUGCUUCAGCUUUUGGAGGCCCGAAUGUCGGUCUUCGUUGUUCUCCUGUGCUGGUGGAUUCAGCCGAGAUCCGGUGGAGCCUUCCUCAUGAACCCAAGUUCGUUGAGGACUCCCCUUAUUGCUGGUUCCCCAAAGAGCACAAGUGACCUCAAGGCUAUGCUAAGCAACUCCACCCUUCUAAGCCCGCCCACCUUACCAUCCUUUCCUUUCUCUCAGCAAGAUCAAAUGAUGCCAUGGCCGACUUCCAAUCCCUUAUUACCAGUGUUACCGGAAUCUACUGGCACGGAACGAAUCGAAAAAGCAUUUGCCAGGACAAAGCAACAAGGUUCAGCUGCCUUUGUGUCCUACGUGACGGCAGGAUACCCCAACGCUGACGCUACUCCCUCCAUUCUCCUUGCCAUGGAACGUGGAGGCGCGACGCUGAUUGAACUCGGAAUGCCCUACUCGGACCCCCAAGCCGAUGGCCCUACCAACCAGCGUGCCAAUGAGAUUGCCCUGGAACGAGGAACCACCCGGCUGGAACAUUGUUUGGACAUGCUACGAACGGCUCGAGCAAACGGCCUCACAGUCCCGGUGGUGCUCAUGGGAUAUGUCAAUCCAUUUCUGCAGUAUGGAAGCAUGGAAAAGCUAUGCAAAGACACACGAGAUGCCGGCGGGGAUGGCUUUUUGAUUGUGGAUCUGCCACCCGCCAGUCAGCAAGGGGCGGAACUGCACAAGGCUUGUAGGAAGCACGGUCUCUCCAACAUUCCGCUGGUGACGCCCGACACCUCUGAGGACCGAAUCGACUUCUUGGCCAAGAAUGUUGCGUCUACCUUUCUGUACUGUGUUUCUGUCAAUGGUGUCACGGGAGCCCGCGAUGAACUGCCGGAUGAUCUGGAAAGCUUUAUGGAGCGCGUGCGAGCCAAGACGGAUCUUCCCUUGGCAGUGGGAUUUGGUAUAUCCACGCCUCAAAUGGUACACAAGGUGUCGAACAUUGCAGAUGCCGUGGUUGUGGGCAGCGCCAUUGUCAAGUCCAUUGUGGAUGACGCCACAACCACGUCGGAGGAUGCCGUUGAGGAGCAAGUAGCCUACCUCGCUUCCGGAACCAAGCAAGGACCAAGACCCAAGAAUCAGGCACGAGGUCUAUCUCAGGUUCCUGCUAGUGAUGAGCUGUUGGGCUCUGUGGAGCAAGGCGAUGGCAACUUUGGGUCCUAUGGUGGUCAGUUUGUUCCAGAAUGUUUGGCUGGACCGCUCCAAGAGCUCAAGAUGGCUUAUCAGCACUUGAAAGACGAUCCUUCGUUCCAGGCAGAACUCGAUGAGUACAGACGAGACUUUAUUGGUGGUCCAACCCCUCUACAAAAGGCAGAACGACUCACGGAGCUGUGUGGUGGAGCCACCAUUUGGUUGAAACGAGAAGACUUGUGUCAAACAGGGUCUUGUGCCGUCAACAAUGUGGUGGGCCAAGCUCUCUUGGCGAAGCGAAGCAACAAGCGACGCAUCAUUGCUGACACUGCUUCGGGACAGAAUGGCGUUGCUGUAGCCACAGUCUGUGCCAAGCUAGGCUUGGACUGCACUAUAUACAUGGGCGAGACAGACAUUCAGCGAGACCCAUCGAACACAGUUGAACAAAUGAGAGCACUGGGAGCAACGGUGGUCCCGGUCGAGCAUGGAGAGGGGAAGCUCAAGGACGCCAUCAACGAGGGAAUGAGGGAUUUUGUGGCGACAAUUCAAGACUCCUACUACAUGGUUGGAUCCGUUGUUGGGCCUGAUCCCUUUCCAGCCAUGGUGCGUGACUUUCAAAGCGUCAUUGGACAGGAGAUUCGGCAGCAAGCUCUAACCAACAUGGGGAAGCUACCGGAUGCAAUCGUCGCGUGUGUUGGACGAGGCAGCAAUGCAAUUGGAGCCUUCAGUGCGUUUCUCACUGACGAAGAAGUUGCCCUUUUUGGUGUAGAGGGGCACCAUUGCGCCUCGCUGUCCAAGGGCAGCCAUGGGGUCUUUCACGGCGCAAAAUCGUACAUUCUUCAAGACGAGCAGUCGGGUCAGAUGGAAAAGACCCAUUCAAUUGCUGCCGGUUUGGACUACCCUGUAGUUGGACCAGAACACGCCUAUUUGAAGGACACUGCCAGAGCGACUUAUGUGUCCUUGGCGGACGAGGAGGCACUAGAAGGGUUUCGAGCCCUGUACGAGCAGGAGGGGAUCCUCUCUGCCUUGGAGCCCAGCCAUGCGAUCUUUUACGCUAUGCAGGUAGCCCGCGAAAUGGGCACUGGAAAGGACAUUGUCAUCAACAUUUCAGGACGUGGACAUGAAAGACCAGGGGCUUGA